CCUGUCCCGGUCCGAUUCGCGUACUUGAUUGGUCUAAGAAACGGCCUGCCCUGACGACCCAUUGACAAAGUGCAUGAUCAAAUCCCCGGUGCCCAGCGAGCUAGAGCCUAGAAGUGGCGAAAUGACGACAGCGCCGAUGGCAGUUCCAUGGAAACAGCUUCUCCUGACAGCGUUAGAGUCCAACGCACACCUCAAGCAUUCUUCGUUUCUUCAGCUCGCGACAAUUGGAUGCAACGGUAGACCUUCGAACCGCACUGUCGUUUUCAGAGGAUUUGAAGAGAGCAGCGAUAAAAUUCAAAUCAACACCGAUUCUCGUACUCGGAAGAUUGAAGAACUAAAGCGGUGUUCAUAUGCAGAGAUAUGUUGGUACUUUACUGACUCUUGGGAGCAAUUCCGGAUCAGUGGACUAGUUGAUAUAAUUGAUGGUUCCAGUUCCGAUCCUGCAAAAGUUGAGCAACGACAUAGAUCCUGGUUUGCAAGUUCAGUGAGAUCUAGAAUGCAAUACCUGGGACCUAAUCCAGGUCUUCCAGCUUUAACUGAGCAUCCUCACCAAGAACUCGUCCUUGAUCCUUCUUCUGGCCCGGUUGCUGCAUUCUGCCUUCUGGUUUUAGAUCCCAAUGAGGUUGAUUACUUGAAUCUGAAGACUAGCGAGAGAGUAAUGUUUACCACUAGCACAAGCGUUAGUGGAGAAAAGUGCUGGAAUUCAGAGAAGAUCAACCCUUAAACUACUCAAGCAAAAUAUAAAUCCUUGUCAAACUACAAAUCUGUUUUUACAACUUACGAUUGGUUAGUACCUUGUGCAAAUUGAUGUACGCUUCUAAGGCCGUGUUGUAUGCAACAAGUCUGGUGAAUACCACUAAGAACCAGGAAAUGGAUAAAGCCUACUCUAGCACUUGUUGGGUGGGGCCCCAGAAUGUUUAGAUUACUCGAAAAGUUUUCCAGUGGAACUUGUACGAUCUGUCAGUUUACUGGGAAGCGGUAUCUUCUUCUUCUUCUUCUUCUUCUUCCUAUUUACACUCGCAACUGUUACUAGUCAGCAAUAUCCAUUUACUGUCUUCCAUACUCAUUGGUCCAGCGUAGUUCGUGUGCUGUGCAGUACCUAUAUAUGUCUUACGACUCUAUUGUUUGAUUCUGCUGACAACUAUCAUAGCACAUCAGACUUCCUGUACUACAUUCAGAUCAGUACCACCUUUGCUAUGACUAUCUGGAGUAUUAUUUCAUUUCAUAUUUUUUAUUUAGUACAAGUCUUGCUGGCUGCUAGUUGAAUAUCGAAUUUCUAGGCAAGUUUUCUCAUCCUUUGUUUGAGAUGAUGCAAAGCAUGGAAUUGGUGGAGCUACGGCGACUACUCCCCUGAUUGAGGUAUGUUUUGAAUCCUAUUAUUUCUAAUUCUAUUUUUCGGUGACUUCAUCCUGGCUGGCAUAUGAUUAUAGAAUCCUUACUGCUUGUUAACCUAUAUAUAUAUGACUACUCUUUGCCUCCAAGCUCUGUGCCCUCUUCUUGUUGAAAUUAGCCCCCAAUUUAGGAAUUUGAUGACUUUCAGCCAUCUUCCAAGCUGUCGGUGUCAUGAUCUACUGAGUCAUCAUUCAUACUACUGUUGCCUUUAUUUUCCACAGACUGACUGGUACAGAACUUGUUAGCCCCAAUUCACUUGAUUUCUUUACAGUGAAAUUCAGCAACUAAGAUCGUCGUUGUGGUGCUUCUUGUAGAUCCACAAUGAUUAUAUUCACCAUAAUCAACUGAAUGAUCUAUU